AUGUGUGGUGAGUCUUUCGAAGCAAGACAAAUAUAUCGGGAGAAAGGGAUAUCCACACAGAAUGUCAUGGCUGUAUGUGAUUGGGACAUGUGCUUCACUUUUGUGUUAGCGGGAUGGGAAGGUACUGCACAUGAUGCUCGUGUGUUUAACACUGCUGUCUCAACUCCAGCCUUGGAUUUCCCUCAUCCACCUCCAGGGAAGUAUUAUUUGGUCGAUGCUGGCUAUCCAACUCCACCAGGAUAUCUUGGUCCGUACAGAUGUGAGCGCUAUCACCUUCCAGACUUCAGGCGACAACCGGGAUUUGAAAAUUAUAACGAAGUCUUCAAUUACUACCAUUCAAGUUUGAGGUGCACUAUAGAAAGGACUUUUGGGGUGUGGAAGAAUAAGUUUCGCAUCUUAGAUAAGAUGCCAAGUUACAAGUAUAAAACUCAAGUCCAAGUAGUUUGUGCUACAAUGGCUAUACAUAAUUUCCUCCGAAGAAAUUCUGAAACUGAUAGAGAUUUCAUAGAAGCUCAAUCUGAAGGUACAAUUGACGAAGACAAUCAUGAUGAAGCUGGUGAGACAUCCUCUUCAAAUUUACCUAGAUCAAGACAAAUGAAUCAUGUGCGUGACACAAUCAGAGACCAAAUUGUAUUGAGCAUGGCAUCCAAUUAG